AACCGGAAGUGGACCGAGCCGGGUGGAGGAAGCCGCGUCGGCCCGUCAGCAGCCGGCGGUCUCGAGGGGCGGCGGCCGCGCUGCUCGCUGCUCGCCGGUCGCGGGGGCGGGCGGCGGGCGCCCGGCGGCGCCAUGAAGCUGUUCAGCCUGAGCGUCCUGUACAAAGGCGACCCCAAGGCCGUGCUGCUCAGCGCCGCCUACGACGUGUCGUCCUUCAGCUUCUUCCAGAGGACCAGUGUUCAGGAAUUCAUGACCUUCACCAGCCAGCUGAUUGUGGAGCGUUCGGCCAAAGGCAACAGAGCGUCCGUCAAGGAGCAAGAAUACCUGUGCCACGUCUACGUGCGGAACGACAGCCUUGCGGGAGUGGUCAUUGCUGACAGCGAGUACCCGUCCCGGGUGGCUUUCACCUUGCUGGAGAAGGUGCUGGACGAUUUCUCCAAGCAGGUGGAGAGGAUCCACUGGCCAGUCGGAUCUUCUGCUAACAUCCACUACACAGCCCUGGAUGGCUACCUUAGUACCUACCAGAAUCCCCGAGAAGCUGACCCCAUGAGUAAAGUGCAGGCUGAACUCGAUGAGACCAAGAUAAUUCUGCACAACACCAUGGAGUCCCUGUUGGAGCGAGGCGAGAAGAUCGACGACCUGGUGUCCAAAUCCGAAGUGCUGGGAAUUCACUCUAAAGCCUUCUACAAAACCGCCCGGAAGCAAAACUCGUGCUGUGCAGUCAUGUGACCGUCGCCCACAGGGCCCCCUUGCUGCAGUCCCCGUCAUUCCAUCAGAACCGUGGCUUCCGCAGACGCCUCGGCCAUGGCCAGGCCAGAGCUCGGUCCCCGUUCACUGGAGCUCCUGGAAGCGCCGAGGCAGCGGAAGGGACCUGGGAUGGGGAAUGUUCAAAUUCAUGUUUCUGGUAAUUUUGAAAAGAUAAUUGGAGGUUCUCAGAGGUAUUUUUGGGCCAAAUGAAACUAUAAACACUC